AAAAAGAAGAUCCUGGAGUGACUACAAAUGCAGGCUUGUUCUAGCAGUCCAGGUUGAAGACUCUACUAGCAUGUCCGCCUACAAAAGGAAUCGUGGCUAUGAGGAGGAUGCAGAUUAUCCCAACUAUCCGGGGUGUCAGAACCCAAUGCAAGGAUAUUCGAAAACCCAGGGGUACCCUAUCACCGGACGCAACCCCUACUCUGCAGGUUCCAGGAUGAACCCCGACUACCUAGGGUCUCUCGAAGAACCAGAUUAUCCUGAAUCUCCUGCUUAUCUGAGCAACAGCACGAAUCCCUAUGCUGAAGCUUCCAGAACAGGUUCAGAUAAUUACACAUCUCGGCUAGAGCCAGAUUAUUUUGACUUUUCAAGGAAUCCAUCAUCCAGAGAGCCUGACUCCCCUAGAUGGCAACCGAAUCUUGAUCUUGCCAGCUCCAGGACACAUCCACACUAUUUGGGGUCCUUGGGAGAACCCGACUACCCUGGAGCUCAGGAUCGCUCCCGCCAGCCUUCCUCCAGAGAUGAUUCCAGCCAUCGAGGCCCCAGAAGGAUGCUAGAACACCCUAGCUCCAGAGUCAGUCCCUAUACAGACUCCCUGACCGAGCCUGACUAUCCAGGUGCUCACCAUCAGCCUAACACUCUACUCGUAUUUGAGAAACCAGUCUACCCUAGUUCCGAGGAUGAUGUAGACCCCGCAAAUUUCUGGGGGGAACCUGAUUACCCAGGUGCUGAGGAUGGUCGCCAUUAUAGCUCUUCUGAGACCCCAGGAACAGCCAGAGGGAUGCCCAUCAGAAUCCUCCUCAGUCCACCCUCAUUCCAUUGCAGGAAGGAUGGCUCCUUGGGCUUCCUUAGGAGAGAGAAUGAAGAUUAUUCUGAAAGCAUUGAAAUGGCUUCCAUGCAGCUGUCACCUCCACAUGGCCGCUAUCUGCCAGGCGCUCCUGCCAUCGGCUACGUAAACCCUGCUUAUGCGGGUGAAAACAGGCCUGAAAGAGCUUAUGGAAACUCACCAGUGCCUGACUAUGAUUGGCACAAGUCACCCCAAGGACAAAAGUUAAUUGCCUCCCUGAUCCCCAUGGCAUCCAGAGACAGGAUUAAAACCAUCCGGAGCCAGCCAAGAAGUAUGGAAGAGAAAAGGAGGCUCAGGAGAAUAGUUGACAAAGAGAAAAGUAAACAGUCCCACCGCGCCCUCAAGAUGAAGUGCUGUACACAGUGUUUGAACUCUGUCUCUCGGGCUUACCGGAGAUGCAAGAACAGCCUUUCGGAGCUCCUCAAUUCCAUCAGUCUGUGGCAGAAGAGGUUCAAGGUCAUCGGCGGCAAGUUUGGAACCAGCGUCCUCUCCUAUUUCAGCUUCCUCAGGUGGCUUUUGAAGUUCAACAUCUUCUCGUUCAUUGUGAACUUCAGCUUCAUCGUCAUCCCUCAGUUUACCGUAGGGGAACCGAACACCCUCCAGUUCACCGGGCUGGAGUUCUUCACUGGAGCAGGUUAUUUUCGGGACACAGUGAUGUACUAUGGCUUUUACACCAAUUCUACCAUCCAGCACAGGAACGGUGGGGCCUCCUACAACAUGCAGCUGGCCUACAUCUUCACGAUCGGCGUGUGCUUGGUCAUCUGCUUCUUCAGUUUGCUGUUCAGCAUGGCCAAGUACUUCCGGAACAACUUCAUUAACCCCCACAUUUACUCCCGAGGCAUCGCCAAGCUGGUGUUCUGCUGGGACUUCACUGUCACCCAUGGGAAGGCCGUGAAGCUCAAACAGAAGAACCUCAGCACUGAGAUACGAGAGAACCUGUCGGAGAUUCGUCAGGAGAACACCAAAUUCACGCUCCACCAGCAGCUGACCCGCUUUUCUGCCCACGUGGUGGCCUGGCUCGUCUCUACGGGAAUGGCCGCAACCUGUUGUGUAGCUGUGUAUUACCUGUCUCAGUUCAACUCUGAGUUCCUGAAGACACACAGGAACCCCGGGGCCGUGCUCUUACUGCCUUUCGUCGUAUCCUGUAUCAACCUGGCUGUACCACGCUUUUACUCCAUGUUCAGGCUUGCGGAGAGGUUUGAGAUGCCACGGCAUGAAGUCUACGUCCUCCUGAUUCGAAACAUCCUGCUGAAAAUUUCCAUCAUUGGCAUUCUUUGUUACUACUGGCUCAACGUGGUGGCUCUGUCAGGAGAAGAGUGUUGGGAGAGCCUCAUUGGCCAGGAGAUCUACCGGUUCCUCCUGAUGGACUUCGUGUUCUCCAUAGCAGAUUCCUUACUGGGGGAAUUUCUUCGGAGGCUCAUUGGGAUGAAGUUUAGCACCAGCUGUGGCUUACAGGAGUUUGACAUUGCCAGGAAUGUUCUGGAACUGAUCUACUCACAAACUCUGGCAUGGCUCGGAAUCUUCUUUAGCCCUCUGCUGCCCUUGAUCCAGAUGGUGAUGCUCUUCAUCAUGUUUUAUGUCAAAAAUAUCAGCCUCAUGAUGAACUUCCAGCCUCCAAGCAAAGCCUGGAGAGCCUCACAGAUGAUAACGUUCUUCAUCCUCCUGCUCUUCUUCCCGUCCUUCACUGGGGUUCUGUGCACCCUGGCCAUCACCAUCUGGAGGUUGCGGCCUUCAGCUGACUGCGGCCCCUUUCGAGGGCUGUCCUCCUUCAUCGAGGCCAUCUACAGCUGGAUUGACACCCUGAGCAGGACGCCCGGCUACCAGUGGGUUGUGUGGAUCUAUCGGAAUCUCAUCGGCCGGGUGCACUUCUUCUUCAUCCUUACUCUCAUUGUGCUAAUCAUCACAUAUCUUUACUGGCAGAUUACAGAGGGAAGGAAGAUUAUGAUCAGACUGCUUCAUGAACAGAUCAUUAACGAGGGUAAAGACAAGAUGUUCCUGAUAGAAAAGUUGAUGAAGCUGCAGGAUGCGGAGAAGAGAGGAAACCCCAGCUCACUUGUCUUAGAAAGGAGGGAGGCGGAGCAGGAGCAACAAGACCCUUUGUAUCGGGAGGAGCGUGAUUCUGCGCCUGACCUGAGAUUCAGGCGAUCCGUUCAAGAAGAGAACCCAAGAGCCUGAUGACUACUGUGGCUGG